UAAGCGGGUCCAAAGGACACCUCCUGCUGGGCUCCCUGACCUGUCAGGCUUGUGAUAGCUGGAAGCUGGCACCGAGUCAAAACCCCAGGGUGUACCUGAUUUGUCAGGGGCCACGGGGAAACCUGCCUCUCCUCCAGCAGCCCAUAAUAGCCAGCGGAGCUCUGGGGGAGCUUUGUACAGAAGCUGUGAGGGCAGGGGAGGGGGCACAGCCAUGCACCUCAUCCUGGACCUUCUCCUGCUGGCGUGCAUCGUCGUCUACUCCUACCUGGAGUCUCUGGUGAAGCUGUUCAUUCCCCGGAGGAGAAAGUCUGUGGCCGGCCAGGUCGUCCUCAUCACCGGGGCUGGGCACGGGAUAGGCAGGCUCACUGCUCAGGAGUUUGCCAAGCGGAAAAGCAGACUGGUCCUGUGGGACAUUAACAAGGUGAAAAAGGAAGUGGGUGACGUGGACAUCGUGGUAAACAAUGCCGGGGCCAUAUACCCAGCCGACCUUCUCAGCACCAAGGAUGAAGAGAUUAUCAGAACCUUUGAGGUCAACAUCCUAGGACACUUUUGGAUCGUAAAAGCACUUCUUCCAUCGAUGCUAAGAAGAAACUCGGGCCACAUUGUCACCGUGGCUUCCGUGUGUGGCCACGGAGUGAUUCCUUAUCUCAUCUCGUACUGCUCCAGCAAGUUCGCUGCUGUGGGCUUCCACAGAGCGCUGACGGCAGAGCUUGACACCUUGGGGAAAACGGGCAUCCGGACCUCAUGCCUCUGCCCCGUGUUCGUGAAUACUGGCUUCACCAAGAACCCAAGCAUGAGGCUAUGGCCUGUGUUAGAGACUGAUGAAGUCGCGAGGAGUCUGAUAGAUGGAAUACUUACCAACAAGAAAAUGAUCUUCGUCCCAUCCUAUAUCGGCAUUUCUCUGAUACUGGAAAAGUUUCUUCCUGAACGGGCCUUAAAAGCUAUAAGUCGUAUACAGAAUAUCCGAUUUGAAGCAACUGUGGGCCACAAAAGGAAAAUGAAGUAAAGCAUGCAGAGACUCGUGCACACCAAUGUCGUGAACCCAGGCUUAGCGUCGACACUUCAAAGCUUUCUCCCACGUGUCUUAAGUGCUGUGAAUGUUUUAAGUGUAGGCCUGGCACUAGCAGCCAGUGAAUAAAUAAAACUGAUUAGCUGUC